AUGAGCGCCCUGUUUGCCGCCCAGAACAAAAUCAAGCAAGAGCUUGGCCUCUCCAAGGUCAAAGUCAUACGCAAUCAAAACUACAUAUCCCAUGGUACCAAGUCCUAUGUCUACCUAUUAAGCCGUUUCGGCUUCGAACCUACGAAGCCAGGCCCCUAUUUCCAUACCGAGAAGGUCAGACAACAUGGUAUUCUCCCUGAAGGACUCAAGGGUGCACUUGGGGGCACUGUUCACACAGAACGAGUACUGGUGAAGAAGCUUGAUUCCGGUAAAGAUGGCGAGCACGGUGAAGUCACUGCCGAAGACCAGCAGAACGAUUCCAUGUACCUCUGCCAAGUCGGCGUUGGCACUCCUCCCCAGAAAAUGCUCCUCGAUUUCGACACAGGCUCCGCUGACACUUGGCUUUGUUCGACUCUCCAAGGCAAGUCCCAUCACUCGAAGCACAAUGUCUUCGACCCCAAGAAGUCGGAGACUUUCAAGAAACUUUCGGGGAAGACAUGGAAGAUCCAAUACGGCGAUGGCAGCACGGCUUCGGGAGACUGUGGCAGCGAUACGCUCAUCUUGGGCGGCCUGGUCAUCAAAGAGCAGACAAUUGAAUGUGCUAGCAAGCUAUCCCGACAAUUUGCCCAGAGCACUGGCGAUGGUCUCCUCGGCCUUGCCUGGAGUAAGAUCAACACAGUAAAAGAUUCUGGUGAAAAAGACCCUCAAGCUACGCCCGUCGAAAAUAUGAUCAAGCAGGAGGAUAUCCCCAAGGAAUCUGAGCUCUUCACUUCGGCCUUCUAUAGCUCGCGUGAUAAAGGGGCUGAAUCGUUUUACACCUUUGGCUAUAUUGACCAGGAUCUCGUCCAGAAGUCUGGCGAGGAAAUUCACUGGACUCAAAUCAACAACUCAGAGGGCUUUUGGUCAUUCUCUUCUGAGUCAUGCUCUAUCAAUGGCGAGAAGAUUGAUCUCACUGGCAAUACUGCUAUUGCUGAUACCGGAACUACACUGGCUCUCAUGGGAGACAAGGUGGUUGAAAAGCUGUACAGCCAGAUCCCCGGGGCGAAGUACGAUUGGCUUAGCCAAGGCUAUAUCUUCCCCGCGACCGUCAAGGGGGACGAUUUACCGGAAAUCAAGGUGGCCGUCGGCGACAAGGAAUACGUGAUCCAGAAGGAAGACCUGGCCUUCGCUCUCACGGACGACAAGAAGAGUUGGUAUGGAGGUAUCCAGAGCCGCGGCAUGAUGCCUUUUGAUAUCCUCGGCGAUACGUUCCUGAAGAGCGUCUACGCUGUCUGGGAUCAAGGUAACACGCGAUUCGGCCUGGUUCCGAAAAUCCAGCAGACACAGAGUCUCGAGCCACCACCUGAGGGUUCCGAAGGCGAAGGCGGCGGUGAAAAGGAGAGAGUCAACAGCAUCGACCUCAUUGAAAAGGAUGAGGUUUAA